AUGGCCGAAGAAAGGGAAUUAGUUAAGAAACGUGGUAGUUUUAAAGGUCGUUUAACUGCAUUUAUUAACUAUUUACAUUCGCUAACUGACGAACCGUUAAGUCUUUCGGAUGCUAGAGAAUUACAAUUGCGUAUGGGUAAAAUUGAGUCGUUGUAUGAGCAAUAUGAUCAGGUACAGUUGCGUUUAGAGUGUAUUGUUGAUAAUAUUGAAGAGCAAUUUAAAGAACGCUCAGAAUUUGAAUCACAAUACUUCAAAGCAAUUGCUCAAGCUCAAAGUUUGCAAAAUAUUAAUGAAGGUUCUAUGAGUAGUAUAGGAAGUGACAAGGGUACUCGCAUGAGUAAUCAUAAGCUCGUUAAACUACCCACCAUCCAGUUACCAAAAUUUUGUGGGUCGUACGACAAUUAUCUUGAAUUCAGGGACACUUUUACUAGUCUUAUACAUAAUAACGAUGAAAUAGACGAGAUAAAUAAAUUCCAUUAUUUACGUGCAUCUCUGGAAGGUUCUGCUGCUGUGGUAAUCCAAUCAGUUGAGUUUUCAUCUAAAAAUUAUGCCGUUGCGUGGAAACUCUUGUGUGAUAGGUUUGACAAUAAACGUUCACUAAUACAAAAUCACGUAUCGUCUUUAUUCAAUAUUGAAGUUAUUACAAAGGAGUCAUCUGUAACUUUAAAACGUUUGAUUGAUCAGGUAAAUAAAAACCUACGAGCACUUGAAUCGUUAGGUGAACCUGUAAAACAUUGGGACACUCUUCUAAUUUAUAUUAUUACUCACAAAUUAGACAACAAAACCUUUCGGAAGUGGGAGGAAUUUAAAGGACGUAUGGAAAAGGAUGCCUCAAUAACAUUUGACAUCUUUUUACAAUUUAUACGUAGUAGCGCUGACUUAUUUGAAACAUUAGAGCUAUCACGUGUUAGUCAAAUUAAUUCGACUCAUAAAUCUACUGGUAGACUAAAAUCUAUGGUGUCGAUACAAGGUGGACAUACUAAUCAAAAUUCCAAUACAGCUGAAUCACAUCAACGUGUUUGUCCUAAAUGUAAGGGCGACCACAAUUUAGCAAAUUGCCCUCAGUUCCUUGCCUUAAGUAUUGAAGCGCGACUAAAAUUACUACCAAGCUACAAGGUAUGUUUUAAUUGUUUCCGCGCAGGCCACUUUGCCAAUCUAUGCAAAAAAUCAGGCUGUAAAAUAUGCAAGCGAAGACACAAUAGUCUCAUUCAUGUAACUAGUGAUCAGCCGGUACGUAAUGAAAAUAAAAUUACAUCUGUGAAUACACCCUCAGCAUCUACAUCAUCUGUGGCUUCACAUAAUGUAGCUUUGACCACACACAUAUCUAAUUAUAAUAAAGUUCAGUGUGAUGUGUUAUUAUCUACUGCCUUGAUUAAAUUAUAUGACGACAACAAUCGCGAACACAUUGUUCGUGCUAUACUAGAUAGUGGUAGUACAUCGAGUCUUAUAACUGAGACACUGUGUCAACGUUUAAAUUUGAUGACUUGUAAGGUAGAUAAGUCAAUUUUGGGUAUAAAUAACGCAACAUCAUGCGUAGGCAAAACUUGUCAUGUACAAAUGACGUCAUUAAAUAACAAUUAUUCCUCUGAGGUUCAGUGUUAUGUUUUGCCAUCUAUUACUAGUAAUAUACCUAGUCACGAAGUGAAUAUUUCUAAUAUUGACAUACCAACUGAUAUUUGUUUAGCGGAUCCUACGUUUUUUAUACCUGCUCAUGUUGACAUUUUAAUCGGUGCUGAUCUCUUUUGGGAUUUGGUAGGUACGCGAAGAAUAACAUUAGGCAAGAAAAAGCCUGUUUUAUGUGAAACAAAAUUAGGAUGGAUAAUUUCAGGUCCUAUUUUUAGUCAUCAUGUCACAACUACAGACGUAAGUGAAUUAAGAUGCAAUUUAAAUAAAAUCGAUUCUACUUCAAAUCAGGAUUUCGAUGAUAUUCGAACUGAUCUGACACGGUUUUGGCAGCUUGAAGAAAUAAACUCCAAACAUAAUUAUCUGCCAGAAGAAAAGAAAUGCGAGGAGCACUUUAUCGCGAAUACAACUCGUCUCGAUGAUGGUCGUUUUUGCGUCCGUAUACCACUCAAGCAAACUUCUUCUGUCUUAGGAGAGUCAAUUCAACGAGCUGAACAUUGUUUAUAUUCUUUAGAACAUCGAUUAAAGAGUAAGCCUAAUUUAAGUGAAAUGUAUCACAGUUUUAUGUCAGAAUAUGAGUUGCUUGGCCAUAUGUCAAAAUGUGAACAACCUAAACUAGAACAAGAUGAGUACUUUAUACCCCAUCACGGUGUUAUGCGUGAUAGUAGUACAACUACGAAACUUCGGGUUGUAUUCAACGCUAGUAGCCCUACCACGUCAGGUGUUUCUUAUAAUGACAUCCAAAUGAUAGGUCCUAUUAUUCAAGACGAUUUGGUGUCAAUACUACUCCGUUUUAGGCAGCAUAAAUAUGUUUUGUCUGCAGAUGUAGAAAAAAUGUACAGGCAAAUUAUUGUCCAUCCAUCUGAUAGACAUCUGCAGCAAAUACUUUGGCGUAGUAAUACAAACAAGCCGAUACAAAAAUUUAUAUUAAACACGGUGACAUAUGGCACAUCUAGUGCACCAUUCCUGGCUACACGGUGUCUUAAACAAUUAAGUAUCGAAUGUAAAAAUGACAAAAUUGCAGAGAUCAUCGAACAUGAUUUUUACGUUGAUGAUCUUUUAACAGGAGGUGAUGAUCUGACUGAAGUUCAAGCUAUCCGUAAGGAGGUCACUGAUGUACUUGCUUCGGCUUGUAUGCCAUUAAGGAAGUGGAAAUCGAAUGAACCUCGAUUGAUUAUGGAGUCUCCAAAUAAUGAUAUUUCUUCAAUUGAUUUAAAUAUCGGGCAUAAUGAUGAUGAUCCAAAUAAGUUAUUAGGUCUCAGUUGGCAUGCUAAUUCUGACGAACUAUGUUUUCCAAUAGGUUCUUUAAUCCCUGAUGGCAAUACUAAACGUGAUAUUCUUUCAUCAAUUGCACGAAUUUUUGAUCCAUUAGGACUUUUGGCUCCUUGCAUAAUUAAUAUGAAAUUGCUGCUACAACAGCUUUGGAUUCAAAAAUUAUCUUGGGAUGAACCAUUAAAUUAUGACCUUAAUAAGAAUUGGAAACGUAUUCGUGAAGCUUUACCCCUUUUAAACAAACUUCGUAUUCCAAGAAUUGUUAUUUGCGACUCACACAAAUUGCUAGAAUUGCAUGUAUUUUCAGACGCGUCAGAACGUGCGUAUGGAGCUUGCAUUUAUGUUCGUAGUGUUAGUGAUUUUGGAAAGGUUUUAGUUCGGUUGUUGAUGGCUAAGAGUCGAGUAGCUCCGAUCAAACCAACCACAAUCCCAAGGUUGGAAUUGUGCGGUGCAUUGAUAGCAGCUCGACUUUAUGACAAAGUCGUCACUUCGUUGAGGUUGAAAAUAAAUAAAGUUUAUUGCUGGACUGACUCCACCAUAGUUUUAAGUUGGUUACGUAUGCUACCUUCUAGACUUCAGCCGUUUGUACGCAAUCGCGUUGCCGAAAUCUUAGAAAGGACAGAAAACUGUACCUGGCGACACGUACCAACUGAUGAAAACUCAGCAAACCUAAUAUCUCGUGGUGUGGAUAUUAGUAAUCUGCAGAGUUUGGAACUAUGGUGGUCAGGUCCUGCAUUUCUUCGUGAUGACUUUGUGAAGUGGCCCCCUCAACCAAAGCAUGUCGAAGUUUUACCCGAGAUUAAACAAGACCAUUCUUUAAACGCUAUUGUACACGACGCAAGCCCAAGAAGGCUCAUUGAAUUUAAUCGCUUCUCCAAUUAUUUAAGACUCACGAAAAUAAUAUAA